CCCUGUCGCUUGUUACAAACAAUUUUUAUUCACUAAUUCAUGUCAGGCUUUUGAAGUGAUUAAUCAAAACAAAAGCUUUAACUUAUAUUUUACAGAAAACGCAUUUUCAAUAGCAAACCACGAUUUUAGGAAAACCCCUUUCUUUCCAGUCUAGAGCCCUAUGGAGUGUAGUGCACUAUGUAGUGCUGCUGCCUUCUGCUGGAGCCGCACUGCUCCAGCGGCCCGUGCAGAGAUGGCGAGGAAACCCCGUGGACACGGCACUGCUUUUUCAUGACGGUGUAAUGGAUGAUGAAGACGACCGCCGUCUUCUGGAUUUUAUAGGAGAUGUGCAAGCGUUAAAUGAGUAUCUUCAUGGUUCAAAUAGUAAAUCAAUUGGAGAAGAUGAUGUGACUAAUGCAGCAUUUGGGUCGGCCAGUUCAUUCUUCACAAGUGACACAGGUGGCUCCAGUGAAGGACUCAAAGAUGACCACAGUCAUUUGGGAGAGUUUGGUGAGGCUGAUGGAAGCAGUCUUUCGUUUAUCGAGGAUGACCUCGACAGUGAAACCUCACACGAUGGGGGCGAUCUUGGGGGGGAGGACCAACCCUUUGACAUCCUUCAGAAGUCAUUGCUGGAAGCAGAUAUUACAGAGCAGACAUUGGCUCAAGAAGCCCUUUUGGACUCCCAGCCAUCUCUCAUUCCAACAGCUACCGCCUUCCCUCAGCAGCUGGUCUCUGGAGGGUUUGGGGGUGUCGCAGGUCCUGGUGUGGUGGCACCAUUGGCACAACCUCAGGCUUUUAUACAGCAGGUUCCCCAACUACCCAUACCAAACGGCCCCGCUGGACACAUCCAGGUAGUGGGAUCCUUCAAUGGCAGUGCCUCCUCCAUGAUGACUCUCAACAGUUUGGAACAGUCUCAGAUCCUGUUGAGGCCAAGUGGAAAUGUAGUGACAAACAACAGCGGGCAAGGUACCAUGUUCGCCCCUUCGGCAGCUGGUCAGGUGUCAAUGUCCUUCAAUAAAGGGACGAUACCUCUACAGAAUUUUAUCAUCCAGAGAGGCCCUAUGCAACAGACAUUGGUUAGACCCAUUCAGCCUAAACCCUUACAGACAGGGGGACAAACCCUAUACAAUAUCAGCAACAUUGGGCUUCAACCCAACACCACCACUACUGCGAAUUUUGUCAGUAGCCCCUACACAGCCAGCGGCUCUCCUCAGUCUGCUCAACAGGUGAAAGUGGUCAAUCCAGCCAGCAGCAUUGUAAUGCAUUCACCUCUGGGGCAACAAGCUCAAUCACAGUCCCAGUCCAAUCUGCCCCAAGGGCAGUUUUUGGUACCCACGUCUAUUUCCCUCACCUCUGGUACGACUGUUCACGGCUUCCAGGCUGUGAAUGGGCAGGUGUUGCAAACAAACACUCAAGUGAGCGAGCAGUCGUCAAUGAGCACUACCACCUACUCCAUCCUCACCAAUCAGAACACAACAGUACAGCUUAUCGCUGGGCAGAACUUUUCAGCUGGAGGGCAGCUGAUAGUCAAUCAAGGAUUGGUUGCUGGAGGUCAAAUAGAUCAAGCUUCAACGACACCUGUUGUACAGGUGUCUCAAAGGCCUGUUGCCACGGCCAAAGUUUGGACUGCCAGCGCGUCGCCUAGCCCAACCCCUGUACAGACAUCACAGGCUUCAGGCCACCUCACCAUGGUCAGUUCUGGCAUCCAAGGCUCACAGGUUUGUCAGCAGUUAUCUGUGACCCCAGGACAGCACCUCCUGAUGCCCGUGGCCCAGAACUUUCCAGCUGCUUCUGGUGUUCAGGAGUUUCAAGUCUCUUUAAACCAGGACACCACAGCAGCAACACAUAGAGGGCAAACACAAUUAGUUAAUCUCCUCGGUACCAAAGCUGUGAAAACACUCACUCCUAUCAGUCAGGAAUUGCCUCUCACACUGAAGCGUCCUGCAACUCAACAGCUUACUCGAGGAGAAAUGGUUCUCCAGCAGUUAAGACGAGAUCACAGUGGAGUCAUGUCUUCAGAGCGGACGCCCUUCACUUCAUUCAAUGAUGUCAUUGACAGAUUACUGCCCUAUCAUGUUUUCCAAGGCUCACCACCACGAGAUGAAGAUUUCACCAAAGUUGAUGAGGAGUUUGAGGCAGUUGCUGUACAAGUGUUAAGCAGAACGCAGGCCAUGGUGAACAAAUACAGGCGCUUACUCAUAGUGGAGGCAGAGAGGUCCAGCCCUUCAUCAGAAAUGGUGAUGAUUGACAGGACUUUUAAUCAAGAGGAACGGGGCAACUUGACCCAAGACAAACGAAUGAUAUUAGUGGAUCCAGAUGGCUUCCUGGAAGACUUCUGCUGUGGCACUAAACUGAAGAUCCAAAGUCCAGAAGUUUUGACCCCAGCCGCCCAUGAGGGCAAUCCCAGCGUAAUGGAGACCUCCCCAAAGCAUUCCAUAAGUCACACCGGAAGAGAUGGGCAGGGUAUCAACAGCCACACAGAACCUGCUUAUAGGACAGAACCUCAACAACCAGGAAUAGAGGAACACAGAAGAACUCCCAUCAAGUGCAUACUGGAUCUAAAAAAAAAGAAAUCCAACAACCUAAUCAGCAGCAACAGUCAACAUGCACACUACCCUACAUCUCCCAUCCAAUCACAGCAUAGCUCCGCCCAAGGCUACCCUCCGAACCUGGUGCAGGGUCAUGAACAGCAACAUCCCUCAGAUCAUAGUCACGCCCCAUUGGCUGACACUGACUCUGUGCUUGAGGCUGCCGUGAAUAGCAUCUUAGAAUGUUAGACAGUGCCAUAUUUAUGUUUGUUUGUUGUUCCAUGUUAAUCUCAUUUCAUUUCAUGCCAUGUGUGUGCAAGCGGAACUCCACGGCACGUGUGAAUGGACGUACAUUGGCAUUAUUGCGGGUUAAAAUGCACACAACGGCUCUGAUGAUGUCGAGGAACAGGAAGGUGAAUCUGGUGACGGUUAUACUCUAAUACUGUGCCUGUUGUCCUAGAGAAGUUUACAUAAGAAAGCCUUUUUGACAAUGCUUCACAGGAUACACUUGCAAUCACACGCACAUUAAUAUAUGCACACACACACACACACACACACACACACACAAACAAUCAAGUAGUAAGUAAGUGUCAUGUUUGAAAUGACAUGAGUAGACAUUGAUAUUUGUAGUUUAUCGCUCAAUAUCAGAAACUUUUAGUCUAAUAGUCUGUCCACACUUAAGGUUGUAUGGUUGUUUCAACACUUAAGUUGUAUCAUUGCAGUAGAUUUUGACCAAGUGAUGCACACGAACACACCUGCGCGUUUAAUUGUUUUUGAGCAUUGGUUGUGCUCUUCUUUAUUGUGGCUUACUUUUUUGUUGUACCUUACAGGUAUGUGACCUCUCCACAGAGACAAAACUCACUUGUGUGGUUUUGUGCAGGGGAAAGUUAAUCCUCAGAUUGAGGGUACAAUGUUACAUUAUGUUUAUCUUUUUUUGUUUAAUUCAUUUUUUGGUUUAAAUGAUGCAUCAUUUUUAUAUUAUUUUUUUCCUGUAAAAUUUGUGCUGCUCCCUACCUGGAGAAGUUAGUUUAAAGUUUUUAAGUUAGUGUCUCAAAGAACUUGCAUGGGUGAAUCUCAUAAAAACCUGUCACAUUUCGACCCAAGAUGAAAGAAAAUAAAUAAUAUUUAACAAAAAGAAAUUAAAACCAUUUUUAGGAUUAGUAACAUGUUUGUUUUUUGCAUUGUGAUAAUUUUUUUUCAGCACAUUUUACCUCUUAUUUUUAGUGUUGUAUUUACAUUUGAAUUUUAAUUAUUGUCAUAAAAUUCAAAUUCAAAUCAUUUUUGUUUUUUUAAUAAAGUAUGGUUUAUAUCUAAAUAAGCGUGGAUUAAAGUCAGUGCAACAAUAAUGUUAUGUAUAAGUUCAUUAUAAUUGAAAUCUAUCGGUUGUUUUUUUCUCACAUUAUCAUACAUUGCUACUUUAAUUAUAAUGAAAAUACAUUAACUUGCAUUAAUGAAAACUGGUUUUAAAUGUGUUUAACAGUCAUGCAAUAAUGUCAUAAUACAAAAAAAUCUCAAUGGUUCCCCAAUAGUCUUUAUUUCGCUGAGCAAAUAUUAAUUUCUUAAAUCUUUCCUUUGAUUUGAGAUUUCUGUGAGAUUCACCCACAUAGAUGUUGUCUGAAACUAUUAAUUCUCCAUUGUGCGUUUAUUCCCCUGCUGGUCAGGCUGUAGUCUUGGCGGUCAGUUUGCUGUUUCUGCUUCUGGUGGCAGCUCCUAUUUGCACAUGUGGACAUGACCUUGUACUUGACAGAUAGCCAUGCUUACAGCCGCUUUACAGAUCUCUUCUCUCAUAUGAGUUAUAAAGUGGUGAAAGCAGCAGUAGUGCAGUCACAGCAUAUCAGGUUUGCAUUCCCUAUGAGUACCUAAUGAGUUGCAUUAGGAGAUGGCUGUUAACUGAGAUAAUGUAGAUUGGUUGAAGGAGGACAGGUCCGCAUUUCAACAUCCAGUUUUGAGAAAUAAUUUCAGAAGAGGAGACUGUUAGCAAUUAGUUGUAACUUGUAGGAUAGAACAUAUUAACUGUGCCAUUGCAAGGCUUGUGAGAUUCAAUGAUGGGAACAAGACCAAGAUAAUGUCAAAAACUGACCAGAGCAAAGAUACUGCAAUGUGUGGACAUCUUCACAAGUCUGCAUUUCCAUUAGCAUCCAUUCCAGAGCUGAAGGGAAGGUUGCUUUAUUUCCAUCUAUACAUGUCAUCCCAUUGAUUUUGCAUCAUUAACACUAAACUCCACUGUCUUUCCCAGCAGUUCAACCAAAAAUGACAAACAGACAGAAAAAAAGAAAUAUUCUUCUCUCUGAUCUGAGCUCUAGCGGUCGCUAUUAGAGAGAGUUCUGAAAGACCUUCACUUCGAAGGGCUUCGUUGCCUUAGGAGAGAGCGAGUGAAAACCAGUUUAAAUAGUCUAUCAUGUGUUUUAACUGCUUUUUGUUGUGCGAGUGUGGCCUUCAGUUAUCGUAAUACCCCAUGGUAAAAGUUGCUUUUGUCGUUUUAUUUUCUGCAUCACCCAAAACUUGAUUUGUAAUGUUUGUAUUACAAAAAAAGAAAAACAUGAAACACAAAAUAUUUAUACUUUUUGUAAAGAAAAAGAAUGUAAAACAAAAAGUUAUUUUUAUUAUGUUGGGUAUGUGUUCACGUCAUAUACUGUAUGUGGUCAGUUCAUGAUUUGUUGUUUUUGUGAGUGUUCAUUACAACAGCAAAGAUAAAUAUUAAAUUCAUUUUGAAUAGAGCUAA